AUGCAGUCCGAUACCUCAUCAUCAUCCCAGAAACGCACUCUACCCGAUCCUGCCACCCAGGAGAGCUCAGGUCGCAGUCCGCGUGCUGAACAGAUGUCUGCCCUAUCGCUUUCUGACCCGAAUCACGCCAUCGACACCGACAUGGAAGAACCCAUAACGGUAAAUACUCCAACAUUCGCUGCGACACCGCCUGCAGAAAAACUCGAGACCAUUAACAAGAUUUGCGUCAAGAAGAUGCAGGCCGGAGAGACCUGGUACCUCGUCAGCAAGGAGUGGUGGGAGAAAUGGCGCAAGGCCUGUUUAGGGACCGUCGACAAAGAGGGAUCUCACCGAGAGGAGGACCUCGGCGCAGUGAACAAUUCUUUUCUUAUCGAUGAGUAUGGCAAUCUGAGGUCACCCUCUAUCGAGGCUUACGACGUGGAAUUCAUUCCGCAGGAAGCAUGGGACCAAUUUGUUGCCUGGUAUGGUGAACCACAAUAUGUACUACCUCGAAAAGCCAUUCUACGUUCCAACGAAGUCGCAUUGGAGCUUCAACCGCCCCGCCUCAGGGUCCUUCGUCUCGCACAGACUGAAGUUCUUCCCGACCUCGAUGCCCCCUCUCACCCAUAUGUCACGCUUUCUAUUCAAGAUACGCUUAAAACGCUCUGCGAGCGUUUGGCCAGUGCCGUUGCUCCUGAGUCUCCUGUCCCGCUACCCGAGUAUCGUGUGUGGAAAGUUGAACCAUCUGGUGAUGACUUUAAUCAUCCAGAAUACCCGCUGUCCGAAUUUAACAUCAACCGCGGGACAUCGGUAAAACCCACUGACGAGGCUUUGGGAGACAAGCUUAUUGAUACAGACGACGCGUUUGUAGUGGAAUUCAAGCGAGGGAGCGGGUGGCUCUCGGAUACACCCAUAAAAUCCAACACUUCCACGGUGGCGUUUGAGCCUGAGUCCAAGCCCCUUUUCCCUUCCAACGAUAGUUUUUUCAAUCGGAUGGGCAAUAACUACAACAUGACAGUGACGAAAACAAUGACGCGUACAACGGUGGAUGAUUAUUAUGUUUCCUCCUCUCAGUCGAAGCCAAACGGCAGGCUUCAUAGUAUAGUAGAUCCGGGGACGUUGGGGUUGGGUAAUAUGGGAAAUACUUGUUUCAUGAAUUCUGCACUACAGUGUUUAGCACACACCAAAGAGCUUGCUGAAUACUUCUUAACCGGCGUUUUCAAAGACGAACUCAAUCCUGAUAAUCCCCUUGGCAUGCAUGGAGCAAUCGCUGAGGCUUUCGGUGCACUUUUAGACCGCAUCUGGGACAAGAAUGGAACAGCAUCAUCUUAUUCCCCUCGCGACUUUAAAUCCCAGCUCCAGCGUUUCGCGCCUCAGUUCAGUGGCUACCAACAGCAUGAUUCUCAAGAGCUAGUAGCAUUUCUUCUCGACGGCCUGCAUGAAGACUUGAACCGAGUGUUAAAGAAGCCAUAUGUCGAAAACCCUGAUUGGGAAGGUGGAGGUGAUAUUGAGCUUGUUCAGUUAGCCAAAAGAUCUUGGGAGGGUUACAAGAGGCGAAACGAUAGCGUCAUCGUCGAUUUGUUUCAGGGUCAAUACCAAAGCACUCUCGUUUGUCCGGAAUGCAAGAAGGUUUCCAUUACAUUCGAUCCUUUCAUGUAUUUGACACUUCCACUGCCCGUAAAGAAGUGGAAACAUACAAUUUUGUAUAUCCCCUGGGAUGUUCAGAAGCCUCACGUAAAGAUACCUGUAGAGUUAGGACCAGAUGCCUCAUUAAGGGACUUGCGAGUUCUCCUCGGUAGAUGGAUGGGCGUGAAUCCUGAUCACCUUCUUACUCUCGAAACAUUCCAACACAAAUUCUACAAAAACCUGAAUGAUUCAGUGCUCUGCGGCGAAGUACAGGAUAACGAUGUGGUAGUUUGCUAUGAGCUGCCAUGCCAUGCGCAACAAAGCCGAACGUACCAAAAGCAGCCGGAUGACCCCUUCAUUGUCCCCAUGUUCUUCGCGGAUGCUCAUGCUGCAUCUACAUCUUUUAAGCCCAGCUACGGUCGCGGAGAUGGAUACUUCGGGCACCCUUCGAUCAUGGUCCUUGAGAGAGAGCAGGCUAAAAGUGUUGAUCUCAUGUAUAACGCGGCAAUUGAGCGGCUACAGCGGUGGACUGUGAAUACCCGCGAUCUGUAUGAUUGGCAGGGCGAAAAUUCCAAAGGCUCCGUCGCUGAUCCUAUCCAGAUUAGUGGUCCCCAAUUGACCGAUUCGCUUACCGAAAUUCAUGAAGAUGGUGAUGUUAUGGUCCAGGACGUUGGCAUCGAAGAGGGCGACAUAGUUGACGCCAAGAGCAUGGAUAUUGGAGAAGAUGACGACUUGAUGAGUGACGACGGGUCGCAAUCCAAAUCCGACGUGGAACCUGUUAAAGUCGGUCCUAAAAAGGGCAUCUUCAUGUUACGCUUGAAACCCGAUUUCAAGGACUAUGUGUCUGCUCAGGCUGGCUACUACCAGAAGAAGACUUAUGAAUCCUGGGACAAGAGGGAAGAGGACAUUGACAACGGACCCGUGCUGCUCCGCGAGAAUGACGCUCUGUUCUGCGAGUUUGACGAAAAUAUGAAGGCAUAUUACUUCGGUGAGGAUCGGAGGCAGUUUGAACACGCCCGAUGGGAUACUUGGGGGAUGUACGUUCAUCCAGAGUACCGGAAAGCACAGGAGGCGUCAGCCGGGAAAAAGCCGAGGGACAUCUCGUUGCAAGAUUGUCUCGACGAGUUCACUAAGGAGGAGCGUCUCAGCGAAGAUGACCUGUGGUAUUGUCCUAAAUGUAAGAAACACCAACAGGCCUCGAAGAAGUUUGAUAUCUGGAGGGUACCGGAUGUGCUCGUCGUUCAUCUUAAGCGCUUCAGCAACAACCGAACCCUUCGCGAUAAGAUCGAUUCGUUUGUGGACUUUCCUGUUGAGGGUUUAGAUUUGACAGCGAUGGCUGGGGAACGGACUGCUGCUAAGAGGCUUGUUGAUAAUGGUGUCACAAUGGACACCCUAGAACUCGGCAACCUGGACGAGCCUUUGGUAUACGAUCUUUUUGGAGUCGACGAGCACAUGGGUGGGCUUGGAGGAGGUCACUACCGUGCCUAUGCGAUGAACCACCUCACUGAUCUAUGGCAUCAUUUUGAUGAUUCAUAUGUAACGGUGGCCCGCGCGACAGAUGCUGUAAAUGCCAACGCUUAUCUGCUUUUCUAUCGGCGUCGAACAUCUUCUCCGUUGGGUGGGAAAACCCAUGCGAAAGUGGAAGCCGCUCGUUUGAAUCUCACUAAAGAGGAUGAGAGCGUUGAGGCAAACACCACGGUGGAUACACAGUUGCCGACACCUCCUAACGAAGAGGAUACCUACUCUGGCACUGUGUAUUCGAAAACGCCCUCAUUAUCAGAUGACUUCACAUUGCCGACCGACCGCUGGCGUCCAAUCUCGUCUGCCCCAUACUCUUUACCCUCGCCCGCAGCUGAUGACCCGCCAGGUUUUGACGAAUCUAUCGACUCUAAUGACUUACUCAGCAAUUACGAUGAUCAUGCCCUCACGCACUCACGACUAGGCUAUAACUUCCCUGAUCCCUCUAGUAAUGCCUCCCCAACCUCAUCCGUAGAGGCUGAAGCCGACCUCGACACCGAUCCAGACCUAGAGGAUGAGGAUUGGCAGGGUUCAGGUUCAUCAUCCUUUCGUGUCAGAGAGACGUCACCCACUUUGUCAGAGAUAGGUCUCGAUAGGAUGGGCUCUCCCUCUGAUUCGAGCCUGUCUGACCUUAAUCCUUUUGCCGACGUCCAUGGAAAUCGACAAGACGAAGAGCUUUCUUUAGCUUCAGCUUCGUAA